UUUUCACGAACCACUCGUCACUUCAUUUCUCUCUCUCUCUCCAUAACCCUCUCUCUCUCUCGUCUCUCCUCAUCUCUUCUCUCUCUAUCUGCCCUGAAGAAAAACCGAAAGGUAAUGCCAAAUUUCUCGGUUAUUUUCAGAACAUAACUCGUGAUAACUUUGUGAAUUGAAAAAUUAUAUACACAUUUUUUUCCUCCUUCUUUUCCAAUUUUUGUGGUGAUUUUAUUUUUUAGUACAGGCUUAUUUAUUUGAUUUAUUGGACAUUCAUUACUCAAAGAUUUUAUUUUAUUUUAAUUAAUACCAUGUUUGUUUGCCUAGAAAACAGAAGAAAAGUAACGGAAAAUUAGUCUGAGGGACCGCAUUUCUUGUUCCCUGCUUUCUGAGGGUGAAAAUGUGGUGUAAAUUAACUAGUCUAAGUAUUUUAGGUUUUGAAACUUCUCAGCAACCUAACGGUUAUUCUAUUUAUUUAUUGAUUAUUUCCCUUAAUUUUUUUUGUUUCUUUUGAUAUUUUUGUUUCUCUUUCCUUUUUACGCCUGAUGACUCUAAUACUUAGUACUGUUGCAUUAGUUGAAAAAUGUAACUCUGCUUGCUUAAUCAUUUUCUGGAUAGUGUUGUUUUUUUUUUUGGAAAAUGAGAUGAAGAAUAAUAGUAGUAAAGUUGUGAACUUUCUCAACAAAUUCAAACAAUUUUAUUAUAGGGUUUUCAGUGGCAGUAUAAGCUUAAAAAACAACCCUUUUGCUUUUGUUUUUUAUGGCAGAACUUUAACCAAAACAAUGCAAAACCUUCCUUCUUUAGGCAGCCACUAUAUAUAUUUAUAUAGAUAUAUAUAUGCGUGUGUAUAUAUAUAUAUAUAUAUAUAUAUAUAUAUAAUUUUUAUUUUUGUUUUGUUCUGUUAUGUUUUUCUGCAAUCCCAUAUUAACUAAGAUUACUAUUAUUUUCCUGCAUCUAUUUUCAACACAUUAUCCUAAAUAUUGUUGUUCAUUUUAAAACAAAACAAAUAAUUUUGUAAAAAAGUUUCAGAUUUCUACUAUAAGUAUAAAUAGAAAAUGAAUUAUUUAGUAUAUGUACUCAACAUUUAUGUUCUUCACAGGUCCGUAGUUAAAUUUUUUAUGCUUGUUUCAUUGUUUUUACAAGUUUAUAAUGUUAAUUUCUUGUUAUAAAGUUUUGUACCAAUAAGGUAGGUUAGGAUGGUGACAGAAACAUGGAAUUAAGCUAUUGAAAGAGGACCAUGUCAUUUACUACUCUAUCACAGAGGAGGCACACGAGAAGUUAAAACUAUGGAUAACCAUGAGAAGCUGUGAUUCUCAUUCUGUAGUUUAGUUGACCAUGUCAAGGCAAGCUCACCUUCCUCCUCGAUGCCCAUUUCAAAAGAAGGCUAUAAAUAAUCCAAUUCAUGACCACGACCCUCCAACCCUGUUCAGAAAUAUUGAGUCGUAUCCCCGGCACCAUAAAUCUAUAUCGCAGAGCUACAUCUUAGAGGAGCAACCGGCAUGGCUUGAUGACUUGUUGAGUGAUUCGGACUCAAACUCCAAAGGGAUAUUCCAUAGGCGAUCUGCUAGUGACUCCGUGACUCUUUUGGAUGGUCUUGUUCCACUACCAAGUCUAACUACACUUAAUGACGAUAACAAAUCAUGUUCUAAUGAAGCUGGUAGUGGUUUGGAGUCAGCUUGUGUGUAUGGUCCUAAUUCCCCUAGAGGCAAAUUAAACUUUCCAGAGAAUGGCAUAAUUUCAGCACUAUCAGAAUAUGUUUCUGAAAACCCUAUGCAGUAUUUAGAUGGGGAUAUUUGUGUUUCUAGGACCCCACAACUUGAUUCAGCACAAGAUGCUCGUGGUUCAACUGGUGAGAUCAAUGCAGAUACAAAGGCAGUGAAACGGCACUCCGGUCAGCGCUCAAGGGUUCGUAAACUCCAAUAUAUUGCUGAACUAGAAAGAACUGUUGAUGUUUUUCAGACUUUGGAGUCUGAGUUGGCUGUUAGGGUUGACUCUCUGCUUCAGCAGCGCACUGCUUUAUCAGUGGAGAACAGCAAACUAAAGCAGCAAGUAGCCAGAUUGCAGCGGGAAAAAUUGAUAGUUGAUGGUCGGUACAAGUCUCUGAGAAAAGAAAUGGAUAGGUUGAAGAUUUGUUUAGCCUAUGCCCCAAGUAGCAAGGUCAGCACGAAUUUCAGGUCAAGCCAUGCUGCCGAAGCAGUUAGUUCAGUGGCUACAUGGCAGAUGCUAGAGUUUGGAAAACUUGAUCUUAACUGAAGACUUUGAUUCGGCAUGAAAGAUGAGAGUUUUUUCUCCGUAUUGUAAUUGCCAUGUAUACAGGAAAAUCAAGAUGAAGUUGCUUCAAGGUCAGUCAUCAUUGCUUCACUCAGCUGUUGUACCUGUAAACGUCUCGUAUGUUUAUGUUCUUCUACGAAUUGCCAUAUGUUUUGACUAUAAAGUGCAUCAAUCUUUGUACCCAUAAACAUAACAUGGGAUGAUUUUGAGCAUCCAA